AUGUUGAAUGAGUGUGUUGUGGAAGCCCAAACAAGUACCUCCGAAGCAUCUCACGUAUUGGAUGAAUGCUUUUCGCAGAAAGCAGAUGGAAGUCCGUUGCCUGAGGAAGAGAUUCCAAAGGAUUUGGUUACAAAUUCAUUCGAGGUACAUUCACAAGGUGCUAAUGGAACCAGAGCUUACAAUGGUCAUCAAAAUCAACCACAACCCAGACUCAAUACACUAACCCGAAGGAAACGACAAAACACAGAUGAUUCAGAUAUAUAUUUGGAUUAUGUCAUUUUAAAGCAUUUAGAAACCACCCUCGGGAGGCUUCAACAACAAAAUGUGAUUCGAUUAAAUGAUUCCUUAUUAUCUACAAUAUAUGCGGUGCUAAGGAACUACGCUUCUCAAACGCACCUUUAUAAAGUAUUAACAAAGCAGGUUGAUGAUAACAUCGGUGCAUGUGACUUUUUCAAUAAAAUGGUCUGGUGGAGGAUCGAAAUUCCAUUGCCCGGCUCAGAUACUAACGUACGCAUUCUGGAUCUAAUGUUAGAAACUCCUCUACGAUACUGCUACAGAUGGUUAUGUGAAAACCACUAUCUUAUAUCAAGACGAAGUCCAAACGAACUGGCUGGUUUUGGUUUACGAAUACUUCAGCAGCAAGAUUUCUACCGGAUAUUAACAGAAGGCGAGGAUGAAGUCACGGAUUUGGAAAGGUCCUUAUCUAGGCACAAUUGGUGGACGCAAGAAGGAGAAAUCGAUGUCGAAGAUGGUCAACUUACAUGGUCAACGUAACCCCUUGAAAUGUAUAAUGCUUAUUAUCCUAACAAAUAUAGUUGUUUUUUAACAUA